CAAAAAAGAGAAAUGAGAGGGCUCUGUUAAUGAUGGGGUUUCUACUAUAAAGAUGAGAUCUAUAAGUUUCACCUAAAACCAAUCUUAGAGGCUUAAAACCAUCCUUCCCAAGGUGUAUAUAACAAAAAUGAUACUUUCAGUGAUCGUUGCGAUCCUCGUCUGCCUUGUAGGCUACAUUUACCGAUCAUUGAAGCCUCCACCACCGCGGAUCUGCGGCGUUCCUCACGGUCCUCCGGUUACUUCUCCAAGAAUCAAGCUCAGUGACGGAAGAUAUCUUGCUUAUAGAGAGUCAGGCGUGGAUAGAGCCAAUGCUAACUACAAGAUCAUCGUCGUUCAUGGCUUCAACAGCUCAAAAGACAUGGAGUUUCCAAUCUCUAAGGAUCUUAUUGAGGAGCUUGGGAUAUACUUUCUGUUUUUCGAUAGAGCAGGAUAUGGAGAAAGUGAUCCACACCCAUCACGCACAGUCAAGAGCCAAGCAUAUGACAUUCAAGAACUCGCUGAUAAACUCAAGAUCGGACCAAAGUUCUACGUUCUCGGUGUAUCACUCGGUGCUUACUCGGUUUAUAGCUGCCUCAAAUACAUUCCCCACAGAUUAGCUGGAGCAGUCUUAGUGGUUCCAUUUGUGAGCUAUUGGUGGACUAAAGUGCCUAAAGAACUUUUGAGUAAAGCGCUCGAGCUAAUGCCAAAGAAAGACCAGUGGACGUUUAGAGUGGCUCAUUAUGUUCCAUGGAUGUUGUAUUGGUGGUUGACCCAAAAAUUGUUUCCGUCUUCAAGUAUGAUCUCUGGGAACAAUGCCUUAUACAGCGACAAAGAUUUAGUCUUCAUAAAAAAGAAGUUGGAGAAUCCAAACUCUCACAUGGAAAAAGUCAGGCAACAAGGGGACCAUGAAUCUCUUCACAGGGACAUGAUAGCUGGAUUUGCGACAUGGGAAUUUGACCCGACUGAAUUGGAAAAUCCGUUUGCGGAAGGUGGAGGAUCAGUGCACAUGUGGCAAGCCACCGAAGACAGAAUAAUUCCUCGCGAAAUUAAUCAAUAUAUCACAGAUAAGCUUGCAUGGAUUAAGUACCACGAGGUCCCAGGUUAUGGACAUAUUAUAAACGCUGAAGAGGAGAUAUGUGAAAACAUUAUAAAGGCGCUUCUUGUCUAGUGAUGAUCAUCAUUUAUCUACACAAGAUGUGUUAACGUUCUACACUAAUGUUAAAGGGCUUAUUUGGCUUACUAAAGAGAUUUAUUUGAUGAGUUAAAAAAAUUGUUAUUGUCAAAAGUUUGAAAAGUCGUAUUAAUGUAAGGUCAAAUUCUUAUCACCCGAUAAAGAUAAGGUUAUGUUAAUGGUUGAUUUCUUUUUU